AUGAAAAUUGCAGAGAUUUUAAAUUAUAUCCAACAUUCACACAGGUAUAAUCAUGAUGAUAUUAAUUAUUUGUGCGGGUACUUUGCCAUUGUGCAAGACGGAAAGAGGGGAAUAGAUAUUUCUGCAACCAAUAUUCGUGCGUUUCUCGACACACUUCUCAAGACCCCAAAAGGUGAAGUUACAAAACUAUUUUGGUACGGAAACUAUGGCGGCCCAGGUACCAACUCAACACUGCUUCCAAUAGAUGCUCUUGAUGCAGCAUGUCUAUUUCAUGAUAAAUACUUGCCAAAAGAUAGGUUUCAAGACCUUACAAAAUUUAUUAGACGUCAUUUCGGUGCACAAAAUUGCUCAACAGACGCAAAUUGGUAUAUCGAUAGAAUCAAUGGUUUAUUUUUUAGUUACGUAGAACCUGUUUAUAUGAAUUGGUUUGUGUCAAAGAGCUAA